CUCGCGCUUCGCGUUAGACCAGAACAUACCGGAAGCAGCUGAUCGCUCUUCUCGCGUGCCGCCGACACGCAGGUGAACCAGCGCGCGGCUCUUCUCACCUGUAAACACAGGAGGACACACAACAUGGACCCGGUACCGGCGGGAGCCCAGUGAACCCCCCCACCUCCCAUCAGACCCACGUGAGUUCACGUACAAACCCCACCUCUCCUCCUCCACCAUGGCGAGCCAGGACCCUGUCAACCCUUCACAUGCUGCGUUCGACCUCUUCGUCCAGGCCCCGACCUGCAAGGACGUGAAGCAUCAGUUUGCUGAGCUCUGCAAGCAGCUGGACGUCAACCCCAGAGAGUUCAGGACCUUCUACAUCAAGGUGAAGGAGAGGCUGAACUACUGGAGGGCCAAGGCUCUGUGGACAAAGCUGGACAAGAGGGCGUCUCACGCAGAUUACCAGCAAGGAAAGGCCUGCACCAAAAACAAGUGUCUGGUGUUGGGCGCCGGGCCAUGCGGGCUGAGGACGGCCAUCGAGCUGGCCCUGCUCGGCGCUCAGGUGGUGGUGCUGGAGAAGAGAGAGUCGUUCACCAGGAACAACGUUCUCCACCUGUGGCCCUACACCAUCUGCGACCUCCGCGGCCUCGGAGCCAAGAAGUUCUAUGGCAAAUUCUGCACCGGCUCCCUGGAUCACAUCAGCAUCCGUCAGCUGCAGUUGGUUCUAUUGAAAGUGUCCCUGCUGCUCGGGGUGGAGGUGCACACGGGAGUGGAGUUCCAGGGCCUGAUUGAGCCCUCAGGGGAAAACGGCUGGAUGGCCGAGCUGCAGCCGGCGGCUCAUCCUGCUGCAUCCUUCCAGUUCGACGUCUUCAUCUCUGCAGGAGGAGGAAGAUUUGUCCCCGAUGGUUUCAAACAUAAGGAGCUGAGAGGAAAGCUCGCCAUCGGCAUCACGGCCAACUUCAUCAACAGGAACACGGCGGCCGAGGCCCACGUGGCGGAGAUCAGCGGCGUGGCCCGAAUCUACAACCAGAAGUUCUUCCAGGAUCUGCUCACAGAGACGGGUAUCGAUCUGGAGAAUAUUGUCUACUACAAAGACGACACCCACUACUUCGUGAUGACUGCCAAGAAGAAGAGCCUGCUGAAGCAGGGGGUCAUCAAGCAGGACUCCGGUGACGCCGAGGAGCUUCUGGCUCCGGCCAACGUGGACAGCGAGGCUCUGAACCGCUACGCCCACGACGCGGCCCACUUCUCCACCGGCGGCCUACUGCCCGACCUCCAGUUCGCCAAGAACCCGAACGGCGAGCCGGACGUGGCCAUGUUCGACUUCACCUGCAUGCACCGCGCCGAGAACGCCUCCCUGGUCAGGGAGAGGAGGGGCAGGAAGCUGCUGAUGGGGCUGGUGGGAGACUGUCUGGUGGAGCCGUUCUGGCCUCUGGGAACCGGCAUCGCUCGGGGCUUCAUGGCUUCUUUCGACACCGCCUGGAUGGUGAGGAGCUGGGGGAUGGGAGUCCCACACCUCAAGGUCCUGGCUGAGCGAGAAAGCAUUUACCAGCUCCUGUCUCAGACCACACCUGAGAACACCAGUAAAAACUACGCUGGGUACAGCAUCAACCCCAAAACCCGUUACCAGAGGAUCAACCUGUCCUCCAUCCACACCGGCCAGGUGCAGCACCUUUACGACGUGGAUAAAUCCCAACCGUCCAGCAAGAAGCAGAAGGACAAGGCUUCUUUCAUGCGUCACGAUUCGAUCCGUGGUUUUGAGGAGUUAUUGAAGUGGUGCCAGACUCACACAGCUGGUUACGAGCACGUGAUGGUGAACGAUUUCUCUCAGUCCUGGAGGUCGGGCCUGGCUCUGUGCGCCCUCAUCCACCACUUCAGACCCCAGCUCAUUGACGUGAGCUCCCUGGACGAGUCCGGCGCCGCUCACAACAACCAGCUGGCCUUCGGCAUCCUGGAGAGGGAGCUGGGCAUCCCCCCCGUCAUGUCGGCCAGUGACUUCGCCAACAGCGGUCAGAUAGACAAGCUGUCCAUGGUGCUGUACCUCACGCAGGUGCAGGACGCCUUCACCGUGCUGGCCAAGGAUAAAACUCUGGACCCGGCUCGCUUCCUGCCGCCUGCCAAGACGCUGAGUCUCUCCCGGACGCAGACGGCCGUCUUCUUCCUGAGCAAGCUGAAGCACAACUCUCUGCAAAGACGCAAGGAGAAGCUGGCAACAGACAAACCAGCAGGAGCGAGCGACACAACGAUGGAAGAUGAGGACAGAACGUUGGUUCCUGCUGUGUCCCCUGAGCUCAGUCCCACUCCUGCUCCUUCUCCCACGCCUGCUCCUGCUCCCACGCCUGCUCCUGCUGCUGCUCCUGCUCCCGCUCUCGAGCCGUGUGCCGGUGGUUCGAUGCCGAACAGCGACGGCUGCUACUUCUGCGGUCAAAGGGUUUACGUGGUGGAGCGCAUCAGUGCUGAGGGCAAGUUCUUCCACCGGAGCUGCUUCACCUGCCACCAGUGCAGCAUCACACUGCGACUGGGCGGGUACACCUUCGACCAGGCUACAGGGAGGUUCUACUGCGAGCUGCACUCUGAGGAUCUGGUGAACGGGGCUGAACCAUCUCGUCAGCAGGACAGCCAAGCAGUGGACAAAGGGACGACUGAUGAGAACGGUCUUUCCAGUGAUGAUUACACACUGUCUCCAUCGGACGAGGAGUUCGAACACACGUUGGACUGUGGCCCCUCCUCCCCUGCAGAGUCCAACCUCUGUGACGGGCUGGAGGGGCGUGGAUCCAAAGGAGAUUCCAGAGAAGCUCCUUCAGAUCCUCCUCCUCCUGAAGCCCCGGUAGCAGCUCCCGCCGAGGAGCCCAGCGCGCCCGUCCCCAAGCCCCGCCUCUCUCGGCAGCCCAGCCCUCAGUCCUCCCCUCCAGUAGCCAAACCUCGCACAAUCCACCUCAUCAACCCCUCGGCCACAGAGACUCCCUCACCUGCGACGCCCACCAAGGAGAUCUCCAAGGCGAAGCCCGACUCCCGACCCAAGCAGUCGCUGCGGAAGCUGCAGCUCACCAACGAGGAGAAAAGCCUCCUGGUGAAUCUUCAAAGCUUCAGCGUCGACUCAGACUCCGAGACCCCCGGAGGCUCCUCCUCCUGCUCCUCUUCCUCGGCGACGGCGGGAGGUCCGAGCCCCCCCAAACCCGGGGGCCUGGACGGGCAGGAGGAGGAGGGCUACUGGAGCAGCAGCACCACGGGGCACAUGAGGGAGAAGAGGAAUCGCCGCUGCUUCAAGAGGAAAGAGUUGCCGAGCGGCCAGACCAGAGAACGAUCGAAGUUCUCCCCCUGGAACCUCUCGUCCCCGAGGAUCAGCAGAGACACGCGGCUCAGUGUCCACGUCAAUCGUCCAGGGAGAGUGGAAACGACAUUCAGACACGUGCACAGCGCCUCGGAGGAGGGAGCCGAUGAAGAUGAAGACGAGGACGACGAGGACGACAUGUUUGAACGAGAUGACAUCGACCUGUACGACGAGAAGACGCUGCCGUCGGACCCCGUCCAGGCCGAGAAGAUGGAGUUCAUGAAGAUGAGGACGCUGGAGCGACGAGCCAAGACCAGUGAAUUACAGCGAUUGCGUAAUGCACAGUCGAUCCAGAGGCGACUGGAGGAGAUCGAGGUGACCUUCAAGGAUCUGGAGGAUAAAGGUGUCGUGCUGGAGAGGACUCUGAGAGGAGAGGCUGGCAGCAGCGACUCCCCCGACAUGAUCGAGCACUGGAUCCAACUCGUCCACGAGAAGAACGCGCUGGUGUCUGAGGAGUCCGACCUCAUGGUGGCGUCUCGACAGCUGGAGCUGGAGGACAAGCAGAGCAUGCUGGAGCUGGAGCUCAGGAAGUUCAUGGAGCUGAACGACAAGACGCAGGAGCAGGAGGUGGAGGAGGAGCGGGUCCUCCAGCAGAUGAUCGAGGUGGUGGACAUGAGGGACUCGCUGGUCUCCUUCCUGGAGGAGAAGAGGCUGAAGGAGAUGAGCGAGGAGCAGGAGGCCUUCUCCAUCAUGGAGGCCAGACGGCACUCCAAGGCAGGAGCUCAGGUUCACUGGGCAUCAUAAGACUCCUCCCCCACCCACCAACACACACACACACUGACACACACACACACUCGUGCACAUGCAGCAUGGACCUGUAUGUUCACAGAAGCAGACGCUCUCUAAUCUGCUGACUUGAAACCUUGAGACUGAACUUUUUUGCAAAGCCAAAGAAGCUGCAGAGUCAGAAUCCGACCACAGGCGCUUCCACGGCGGUGAGGACUCACAUCUCCCGGCUGAACGGGAACACUCCGGCCCCUAGGGGGAGACACAACCCUGGAGAUCUGAGGAGUCCACACACACACAGCUCUGGGGCGGCAGCGUCACAGGAUGUUUAGUGUCUGCACAACAACCUCCAGGCAGCAGAUCACGUGACCCGGCCUCGGACCUGUUCUGUAACACAGGGUCACUGUGGGUUUUACAGAGUUUGAUAGUACUGUUGUACACCCAGAUGUAAUAUAAAGUACAUAUCAUACUUCUAUUAUUAUUUGGUAUAUUGAAUAGAAAUACGAUUAGAGUUUAAAAAGUUAUAAGAGUUUAAAUAUUAGAAUUAUUGCAGUAAAAUCCAGUUAUUUCAUUAUUUUAGUUUCUUAUUUUGAAGGUUUCUGGAUUGUGUAGCACUUCCUGCUGUUCGCCACAUCCUCCCCUGAUCACAGGUCACACUCAGGGGUCAAGGGUCACGGCCUCUGGGGUCAGAGUCGGGGUUCCACAGAUGGAUUUGCACACUCUGCUGUUUUAUUUUUUAUUCUUUUGUAGGUGGAAGUGAGUUUUACAAACACAGGCGGAUGCUCGGUGAACGUUAAGGAGACGAAACUGGUUCAUCUAUUUAUAAAUUUAUCAUCUGCAGGUGUUUCUCCUCGUGAGCCGGCAGAACGACCACGAUGGAGACACACAGCAGUUUGGUGAUGGUUCAGAAGGAGCCUUAUGGAUUUAUGGCUCGGCUGCCAUUUUGUUGCCGCAGCACUUCACAUUAUAACAAAUAAAGAUCCUGCACUUUG